CUCGACCCAGCCCGCGGCCGAUCUCCUCUGUCCGCUCGCCGCGCCGCAGCCCGGAGUGGAGACUUCGCUCAGUCGAGCACCACCUGGGCCCCAGCGUCCUCGCGAGUCGCGACCAGCUCCGGCGCGGCGUCCGCCCUCUGGAGUCCCGGUGUCCCCGCGACCGUCGCUACUGUCCUACUUCGCCACUCGCCACCUUGGCCGGCGACGAGCACCACCAGGACACCAGCAAGGAUUUAUGGAUAAGAAAGAGAAGCCAGAGGCAACCAGCAGCACCCCACCACCACGACGGCUGGACUGCAUAAAAUGCUUUGAUAUGCUCUGGUUCUGCUACUCACCAUUCCACCAGAUGCAGAACUAUUACCGGUUUGGGGAGUUCGACAACUGCUUCGGCAAGUGGGCUGACCUGGUGGACUGCCUCACUCUCAAGACAAAGCGGGCGGCAGAGGUGGAGGAGAUCCUCAUCGCCCGUGAGAAGGCGGCCAAGCCACAUAUCUGGACCUACCGGACGGUCGACGAGGCAUCAGAGAAUUGGUGGCGGAUGUACAGGCAUUUUGUGAUGCUGUCAGGACCACUGUCAGGUUCUGCGCGGCCUCGCCCCAAGUCUGAUGAAUCUCAAUAGUUGAGGGGAUUUAUGCAAGUGUUUUGUUUGCGUCUGUGUCGCGUUAUCAUUCUAGCGAUCAUUUCUGUUGAAAUUCUUAUUUUUGUAACCUGCAAACCAAAGAGAUGGAAUCAUUGAGGUAGGCAAACAAUGUACUGCUGAAGAAUGAGAAUCUGAAAACGUUUUGAAUUCAGAAGCAAAUAAAUGAACAAAGUAGCCUUUGUGUUUUGUUUGUUUUGCAA